AUGAAAGCCGCCCAGAAGCCGCCCGCUCUGCUGCUCCCCUCCUGCAUCUCUAGUCCCUGAUCGCUCUACCGCUGUCGGCCACCACCUUCGCGCCGUCGCUGUCUCUCUUCAUCCUGGGUACGCUCAGCUUUGACGGUACCUCUCCGCCGGCCUUUCUCCCACCGCUGCCUGAACGUCGUCGCCGACUCUCGCCUCCGCCAGACAGCGCCGCCUGCUUUCGUGCGAAAAUGGUGCGCAACAUAGUCGUCCUCGGCGGUAACAGCCACCCUCAGCUCACCGAGACCAUCUGCAACCACCUCGGCAUACCCCCCUCCAAGGUCUUGCUCAGCAAAUUUGCUGUCGGCGAAACUCGAGUUGAGAUCAUAGAGUCGGUCAGAGGAAAGGAUGUCUUCAUCAUCCAGUCGGGUGGAGGAAAGGUCAACGACCAUCUGAUGGAGCUUCUCAUCACCAUUUCCGCUUGCAAGACGGCCUCAGCUCGAAGGGUCACUGCUGUCUUGCCGCUGUUCCCCUACUCGCGCCAGAGUGACAUUCCAUACGAGAAGCGCGGCGCGCCGCUCAGGAAGGCCCCGGGUUACCCCAGGCGCCAGGACAGCUACAGCUUUGACAGUGUACCAGCGACUCCCGCGCCUGGUCGGCCAGAGAGCGUUGGCCUGGUCAACGGCGAUGGCCUGAACAAGCAGCUCACGCGCCUGCAGAUUGACGAGAAGCGCACUGGUGGGCCUGACACCAGCCCUACCAAGCAGGAGAACUACUUUGCGGCCAACCGCGAACGCGGCAUUUCCAAUGCGUCGGUGGACGGUGUCAACGGCGAGGAGCCGCUUGUCAAGCCUCCGAAGUUUGAGCCGCAGCGUGGCUACAAGCAGUGGGUUGCACAGGCGGGCACGCUAGUCGCCGACCUCCUGACUUGCGCGGGCGCGGAUCAUGUUAUCACCAUGGAUUUGCACGAUCCUCAGUACCAGGGCUUCUUCGACAUUCCUGUGGACAACCUGUACGGACGCCACCUUGUCCGCAAGUACAUCCAGUACCAGAUCCCCAAUUACAGGGAGGCUGUCGUCGUUAGUCCUGAUGCCGGAGGUGCCAAGCGGGCGACUGCUAUUGCUGACGCCCUCGGCAUGCCCUUCGCAUUGAUUCACAAGGAGAGACGCCCCACUCAAAUCACGGACCGCCAAAACGCCACCAUGAUGCUUGUCGGUGAUGUUAAUGAUCGCGUGGCGAUCCUUGUUGACGACCUUGCGGACACCUGUAACACCAUCACCAGGGCCGCCAAACUGGUGAAGAAGGAAGGCGCCACCAAGGUCUAUGCCCUGGUAACACACGGCAUCCUGAGUGGCGAUGCCAUUGAUCGCAUCAACGCGAGCGCGAUUGACAAGGUCGUCGUUACCAACAGUGUCGACCAAACCGAGCACCUUCAGCGCUGCCCCAAGCUGGAAGUCCUCGAAAUUGGAAAUGUCUUCGCCGAGGCGAUUCGUCGCGUGCACCAUGGCGAGAGCAUCAGUGUGCUCUUCAACUACGACUAAAUGCAGGGGAAUGUCACGAGGAGCGUUGGAUAGACGGGGCUUAGGCUGUACCAAUUCUGUUAUGCAUGACCCGAGGAGUUUGGCGGGGGCUGUGAUCUACGUGUGCUCGGCCGAGGCUCGAGUGAAGUGUCUCAUGAAUGAAUUCUUUUGGCG